AUGCAGAAUGGUACUGGCCGCGCUGCUCGCCUUCCCUCUUCCUCCUCAACCGCCAAUGGGUCGAACACCUCUCAGGAGCCCGAGACUCGGCCCCAGUCCGAACUGUCUAAAAAGGUCGAUGUGUCGCACUAUCCGCAUUAUGGACUCAAGAGGGGCAUGGCGUGCACAUUCUGUCGGCGUCGGAAGUUGCGAUGUUCUGGAGAUCGCCCGCAGUGUACAAACUGUGUCAAGUACACCAAAGUGUGUGAAUAUGGACCGCCUGACAAGUCGGAGAAGAAGAAGCAGUCUCAGCAACAACAACAACAGCACCAACAACAGCAGCAGCCGCAGCAGCAGCCACAUGCUCAAACGCAGAUUUACGUCGCUCCACAGCAGCACCAACCAGCUUACAGCAACGCGUCAUAUGGCAACGGGAUGCCCGUGGGCGCUGCUGCCACGGCUGAAUUCACGCCGCUGCAGCAGCUGCAUGCAGGCCCGAUGUACGACAGCCUGCCGGGCGCCCCUUCCGUUUCGACCGACUACAUGAACGACAUGCUGAUGGAGCCAAACAUGAUGGGCCCAGGAAGCUACUCUGCGAACAUGACGUCGUACGGUGCGGCACCGUUCGGCCCACUUGGCUCCACCGACUUUAGCCAGCCCUCGCCAUUUGUCAACUCGCCAAUGUCGACAGCAACAUCCGCAGGGACGAGCCAGCAACUGAUGCAGACGCCGACCCCAUCCAUCCCUCAACAGCAGCAUCUGGCGCAGCCAAUCAUUGGAAUGCCUCCCUACGUUGCCCCGAAUGGACCGGAGUCGUUCUCCUUUCCCAACGCCUCGGAGAACACCCUGCAGAACCCGUGGUCAACGGCAGCAUCGGCGUCGUACCCAACGCCUCAAAACUCUACUGGUUACGAGACGGCUCCCAGUACACGGGGCCAGUCGCAGACCUCAAUGUUUACGGACUCUUCCAUGACCACUGAGCCAAUGUUUGACGCCGCCAUGUCGGCAGUACCAGAGAUGACCGCCUCCAUUACCCAAGUCACGUCCGAUCCUUCGACGCCAGACGAGCGCAUGCGAUUCAAGCGGGGUUCCGGGACUGGGUCCUCUGGGCAAGGAACACCAGAACCGAGCAAUCGCCUGGCGUCGAGAAUGUAUCAUCAAACAAAUCUACACUACGUCGCCAACCUAAAUCCAAUUGACGGGCUGACAGAACGCCUCGGCGAGUUCCUGUUCAGCCCAAACGGGAGCGCCGUCAAGGACGAUGAGGGGGCCAAACGGGCGAGGCCACACCGCGCUAGCAGUGGCGCGCAAAAAGCAGGCAGUAUACGGGGACAGGAUACCUCAUCCUCUGUCAACCGCAUGCGUACCGAGUACGACGGCUUAUCGGAGGCGGCACGCACGAUCCUGCUCGACUGUUUCCUGGCGCACGCUACUUUGUUCUUUGAGAUGAGCGUGCCCCGGUUCCGCUAUCGCCUGUCGUUUACCGACAAGCGGCGGCCAAGCCUCGCGCUUCUGAAUGUCAUGUACCUGUGGGCGACGCGCAUGUCCAACUCGCCGCAAAUGGUUAACAUGGAAAAGCACUUCUUCGAGGAGGCGUGCAAACACCUGGAGAUCUCGACGUCGACGGUCGACCGCCUCAUUGAUGCGGUACGCGCGGCCAUGCUCCUCUCCGCGUACUCGCACUCGUCGGGGCGGCAUCACGAGGGUUGGUGCCUCGGCGGACUCGCGAAUCGCCUCGUGUUGUCGUGUGGCCUGCACCGCAUUCAUUCCAACGUGCACCAGCCAGAGCCGAAGAAGAACCCCUUCCUCCGUAAUCGUGUCUUUCUCCUCCCGCCACCUGCGGACGCGGUGGAGCUCGGCGAGAGGUUGCAUCUCUUCUGGGCCGUGCUGGCGAUAGACCGUUGCAGCUCGUUGGCGACCGGCUACUCGUCCGGCCUGAAAGAUGAGGACAUCUCCACGCCAUUUGCACGGCAUCUCACAGACGUGGCCUCUGGGAAUGUAUCUGAGCGCGACGAUUACACGAUCAGGGACCUGUAUCGAGGCCGCUCGAUCGACUUCUCCAGCGACACAGCAUACACUAAGUGGGUCAAGUGUGUGGUCAUCCUCGAGCGCGCAAGCAAGUUAUCAUUCCUGGAGCCUGCGGACGACUCACCAUACGCGCAGGCCUGGAAUCAGUACCGUCUCACGUUACACCGUGACCCAAUGCAGGCGCCCCCGCCGGAGCAUCUCAACCAGCCCCGGUUCCGCAACCCGCGCGACUACCGCGAGUGCCUGCUUGCGAUCGAUCAACUCGUGGCGGUGCUGGGUGUGGACGGCGUGUUCCCUGUGGAGCGCAAUGUGCAGGCGCAACAGAAUGGCGCGCCUGAGCCCCAGAUCACGACCAACAUUCUGAUGCUGCACCACAUGAUCGCGGCGGUCUACAUGAUGCUGCAUGACAUCAACUCGCUGGACGUUGAUAACACGGAGGCGCUCAAGGCCGCUCGCAAGAGUGUUAUGCUUUUCCGCAACAUGCCGCAACUGCCAUUCACAGAUGUCGACGCGUUCCUGGUGUUGAUCUGGAGCCUAAACGCCAAGGUCCUCAUCAAGGAGGCGCACCGCCUAAUGAAGCUUGGCAAGGGGGAUAGCGCGCGCGCAGUUGCCGCUGAAGCGGAGACGAUAAUCGGGGAGAUGACGCGUAUCGGCGAGACAAUGUACGUCGCACGGACACAAGCCGAGGCUGUCAAGGAGCUCAAAGAGGCGGCACUGUCGCCCGCGGGCAACACCGACAGUAUGCCCCAGCUGGAGAGUUUUAUGUUCCCACAACAUAUGUAA